AUGGCAGAACAACGUUUCUCCCCGAAAAAACAACUUUUAAUUCUCGUAAUAGUAACAUUGACGUUUCUUGUUGUGUAUCAUAAGAAAUGGAUAAUGACAUUAAACUUAGACCAAUUGAAUGCUCCGGGUUAUCAAAAGAGCACCAGAGAGCAGCAAAGGUCCAUGGAAGCUCAAGAAACAAAUCAUACAACAGUGGAAAUUGCUCGGAAGGUUGAAAAUCCCACCCAAAAUCCCGAGAUGUAUGUGCGGGAAAAUGUCAAAACUAUCACAUAUGAUUGUCAAAAGGUUAGCCAACAACGAAUGGAAACUGCCAGACAAGCCUGCUUGGCUAACAACAUAACGCCAUCGAAGAAACCAAGGCACAUUGGCUCGCUUAUUGUUUCAAACAAAUACAAAUUUAUGUUUGAGUUGACUCCUAAAGUCUCAUCUACAUGUUGGAAGCAUUUCUUGCAUGAUGUUGUUGAUCCACAAUGUAUGGGAAAUGUGUACGGAGAUGGAAUGUUGAACACUGUCAAAUUAAAUAAGACCAUAGAGGAGUUAGAAGAAUAUAAAAAAACGAUAUUUUUCCGGGAACCCCUGGAACGACUUGUAUCCUACUACUAUUCCAUUGUGCAUUACACGUCGGUGUUUGCAGGUAGGAAUAAAGAGUUCAAUGACCUCAUCAUCAGAAGUGGAAUCCGUAAUCACAGUGUGAUGCACAGCAAGCCUAAGGGAGAUAUUUACAAUAUUACAUUCUCGGAGUUUGCACAGAUGGUUCUUUUUUACAAAGCUAAUUCCAGUAUUUCAAUGUCUGGUCACUACCAAAGAGUGGGGUAUAAAUUAUGCCUUCACGAUUAUGACUUUAUUGGCCACUUUGAGACCCUUGCUGAGGACGCUGAAUGUUUUCUCAAACUAAUCAAUAUCGCUGAUCAUUACAGUUUUCCAGAAAUACAUGUACAGAAGGGCAACGUCAGAUUCAACGAAUCAUUGAAAAGUUUGCCCCGAAACAUCCUCAGAGAUUUAAUCGAAUUUUAUCGAUUGGAUUAUGAAAUUCUUGGGUAUAAAAUUCCAAAAUUUUAA